AUGCUGUAUCAAGAGGCGGGGAUUGUUUUUGUCGGGGCCUGGGGUUCCGUAUUGUACUCGCUUCAUCUGUACAACGCUCUACGACAGGAGAAUCUGUUGGCAGGGCGAUGGGCUGAUCUGGACAUUUUGCAAGCGAUACACCCAGAACUCUGGGUUGGCGGGCUCCCACGAACCCCAGAUGAGUACAUCAAACGAUUUUGCCUACGUAUGGGAUACUCCGUGGCAACCCUUGCUAAGAACCGUCGAGAUCAACCACUCCGGGGCUCGAAGAACGGGCCCAAAGGCCUGAUAGAGCAGGGAUCCGUUUCUCUCAUGUUUAAGCAACGCUUUUGCUAUGGCUCCAAACAAACUGACAUGACACGGGCAGAUCUACAAACCAUUGUGGACAAAGCCAAGUGGGGAGCAAAUACUGAUGGGGACAGCCCCUAUGACAUUAUAAAAGACGUUAGGAACCCCUCACAGAAAGGUCAGGGCCAUCAAUCCCACGGAUCUAUGUCCGCAGAAACAUUGCUUCUCAAACUCCGGCUCGCCUUGCAAGGCGAAGAGCCGGAGAUUACAUUCGACUAUUUCCUAACGCACCGGACCUGUUGGCUCCUUCUGACUAAUAUCAAGAAGGCUUGUGCAGACCAUCUUUGCAAACUCUUCGGGGCGGGCUGUAUUGAGCACGAGAGCCAAUUGGCCUGGAUGGUUGGGUAUAUUUUCUUUGCGGCAAGUGGUGUCGACCAAAUAGCGAAUCUGGCCCCCAAGAAGCUGCCUGGCCAGGUGACAUCCAGGCUGAUGGUCACCGCUGCUGCAGUUCUUGAUUCCAUGUUGGCAUCCGGAAUGGGAACUCUGACGUGUAGAAGUCUGCGUGAGUCCCAUGGUAUCCACAUCAGCGAGGGCUCUGAUUCGGAAUGA